ACACCGCGCUCGGUGGAAGACCUGCUCCCGGUGUUGUUCCUGCAUACGUGACUGGGAGUGUGAGACAGGUUUUUUCGACGUGCAGUUUUAUCAGUGAGGGUCAGCGAACAACCGACACUCGUUCUUGUGGUGAGGGCUGCCGGAAUGUGUGAUACCUAUUCCCAAGUGUCAGCAGAGGGACUGACAAGAGCCGACAGUAGCGUGCGCGGCAUUUCGUCGGGGUCGGGUGUGGUCACCGCUGUCUGAAUUAGGUGGUCGUGAGACGUGUGAGCGGUAAAGGUGACGUGACGGUGACGUGACGGUGACAGUGACAGUGACGUGCCGGUGACAGUGACGGUGCAUGAUGCCGGUGACAGCAGUCAGGCAGCGGCGGAGCGCGCGUGACGGCCGCCUGUCAGCCGCUCAGUAAAGCUGUCAUCCCGGCGCAGCAGUGUCACGGAGCUUGGCAGGGGAGGUGAUGCCUGGCCAGCAGGCGCCGGCGGCCGGUCAGGCCACUCUGCCCGGCAGAGUAGACAGCGGCGACGGCCGGCCGGGCUCUCCGCCGCCGUCGGUGCGGCCGUCGGCGGCCGACUCGGCGGCCGGCCGGCGCCGCUCCGCCAACGGCAGCUACCUGUCCCGGGAGCGCUCCGUCGACCUCGACGACGCCGACGCGAUCCUGGCCACGGACUGGGGCCGGCGCACGCCGCGCUACGGCCGCACUGGCGGCGCCGCGCCGCGCCGCGUCGGGUUCGAGGUGGGCCAGGUGGGCCGCCGGGAGGAGGACGGCCCGCCGGCCGGCGGCAUGGGGCAGCGCGCAGCGCCCGAGGGCCCCAGGAGGGAGGCCGAGCUGCGAGAGGAGACGCGGCCCGACAAGGAGUACCUGCCCGGGCUUCCGCCGCGCUACCGGCUGCGCGACCUCAUCCAGGGCGACUUUGCGUUCGCCGACGACGGGGAAAGAGUCCGCGUCGAGUACUACGUCAACGAGAACACGCUGAAAGAGCGGCUGCACCUCUACUUCAUCAAAAAUCAAAGAUCUAGCCUUCGGAUACGUAUUUUCAACUUGGUGAUCAAGCUCCUAACCUGUGUGCUGUAUAUCGUUCGUGUGGCUGUCGACCAGGACCCCAUAAAUGCCACUUGUUUUGGCUGUCCGGCGCCGGACCGGGCCGUGUUCGAGAAGAACAGCAACCUGACCAAGGAGCAGUUCAUGGAGGUGCCCAGCCACGAGGCCAUCAACUGGGCGGCCAUCUGGUUCGUGGACCGCCGGCUCGAGCUCUGGAUCACGCAGACCGUGCUGGCGCUCGUCAGUCUUUCCGAGGCUCUGCUCCUGGCCUAUCUCACCUAUAAGGGUAACUUGUGGCAGCAACUAUUGAACUUCUAUUUUAUACUAGAACUGGUGAACACCAUACCUUUUAUGGCGACGGUGUUUUGGUCACCACUACGGAACAUAUUUGUACCAGUUUUUCUUAACUGCUGGCUAGCCAAAUACGCACUUGAAAAUAUGUUUAACGAUUUGAAUCGUGCCAUGCAGCGCUCUCAGUCGGCCUUAUCGCAGCAGCUAAUGGUGCUUUCUGCAACGCUGCUUUGCCUCGUAUUUACAAGCGUUUGCGGUAUACAGCACUUUCAAAGGGCCGGCCACCGUCACUUGAACAUCUUCCAAGCCUCCUAUUUCGUAAUCGUGACGUUCUCGACAGUAGGCUACGGCGACUUCGUGCCCGACAUCUGGCCCUCGCAGCUCUUCAUGGUGAUCAUGAUCUGCGUGGCGCUCAUCGUGCUACCGACUCAGUUUGAGCAGCUGGCUUACACGUGGAUGGAGAGGAAGAAGCUGGGCGGCACGUACUCAUCACAUCGGGCCGCCAACGAAAAGCACGUGGUGGUCUGCUCUACGACCCUGCACGCCGACACCAUCAUGGACUUCCUGAACGAGUUCUACGCGCACCCGCUGCUACAGGACUACUACGUGGUCCUGCUGUCGCCGAUGGAGCUGGACGCCACGAUGCGGAUGAUUCUCCAGGUGCCCAUCUGGGCACAGCGGGUCAUCUACAUCCAGGGCUCGUGUCUGAAAGACGGCGACCUGAACCGGGCGCGGAUGAACGACGCAGAGGCGUGCUUCAUCCUGGCGGCGCGCAGCUACGCCGACAAGACGGCUGCGGACGACCACACCAUCGUGCGGUCGUGGGCCGUGAAGGAUUUCGCUCCGAACGUGCCACAGUACGUGCAGAUCUUCCGGCCCGAGAACAAGGUGCACGUGAAGUUCGCCGAGCACGUGGUGUGCGAGGACGAGUUCAAGUACGCGCUGUUGGCCAACAACUGCCUGUGUCCGGGUACCUCGACCCUGGUGACGCUGCUGCUGCACACCUCCAGAGGACAGGAAGGCCAGACAUCAGAGGAGGACUGGCAUAGACUGUACGGCAGGUGCUCAGGAAACGAAAUCUAUCACAUUCGCCUGGGAGACUCGCGGUUUUUCGGCGAGUACGAAGGGAAAAGCUUCACAUACGCUAGCUUCCACACGCAUAGGAAGUACGGCGUGGCACUAGUGGGUGUCCGGCCGUCAGAACUACCCGAAUUCUAUGAGGAUACAAUUCUUCUCAAUCCUGGCCCAAGGCAUAUCAUGAAAAACUCAGAUAUAUGUUUUUAUAUGAGCAUUACAAAGGAGGAAAACAGUGCUUUCGUGGCUGGUGACGCCUUUCCAGAAGUACCCAUCACCAUGCCUGAAAAGCAAAAUAUUACCGACGAGAAAAGCAAACUAAACCAGCGUCCUACGCAUACAACAGUGGACAUGGUGGCACUGGAGAAGCAGAAGCUGCGGGAGCGCCCGCUGCGCGAGCUGCAGCGCGGAAUGAGCUGCGAGAGCCGCGGCAGCGUACCCAGCAUGAGCUCCAACCACCUGGACGUACCGCGGGUGGAGGCCGGGGACCCGCCCGGCGCCACCCUCCGGAUAGGCGCGCGGCGGCCCAGCAUCCUGCCGGUGCCCGACCAGUUCACGUCGUCGACGCUGAACGUCAGCGGCAGCCGUGACAGCAGUGACGAGCGCAGCGAGUCGGAGGACGAGAUCGACAGCGUGCCAUGGAGGCCGCCCAGCGAGAAAAUCGCGAUUGUGAAGGGCUUUCCUCCUGUGACGCCGUACAUCGGAGUCAGUCCCACGCUUUGUUACCUGCUGCGGGAGAAGAAGCCGCUCUGCUGUCUCCAACUCGCCCAGGUGUGCGAACACUGCUCGUACCGCUCAGCCAAGGAGUACAGCUGGCAGAACAAGGCCGUCAUCCUGGCCGCCGACUUCGCCUCCAACGGCAUCUACAACUUCAUCAUCCCGCUGCGGGCGCACUUCCGGCCCAAGUCGUCACUGAACCCCAUCAUCCUGCUGCUGGAGCGGCGGCCCGACCUGCCCUUCCUGGACGCCAUCAGCUACUUCCCGCUCGUCUAUUGGAUGCUCGGAUCAAUCGACUCGCUGGACGAUCUGUGUCGGGCGGGCAUCAACCUGGCCGAGAACGUGGUGGUGGUCAACAAGGAGCAGAACAACGCCAUCGAGGAGGACUCGCUGUCCGACUCCAACACAAUCGUCGCCGUGCAGACCAUGUUCAAAUUCUUUCCUAGCAUCAAGAUAAUCACUGAGCUGAGCCAGUCUUCAAACAUGCGGUUUAUGCAGUUCCGAGCUCAGGACAGCUACGCACUUCAUCUGUCAAAAAUCGAAAAGCUGAGAAGGGCGCGCGGCGCCGGCGGCGCAGACACGGCGCCGCUGCUGGGCUCUGACGACGUCGGCCGGCUGUUUCAGCGAGAGAAGGACCGCGGCUCGCACAUCUCCUGCAUGUUCCGGCUGCCGUUCGCCGCCGGCUCCGUGUUCAGCGCCAGCAUGCUGGACACGCUGCUGUACCAGGCGUUCGUCAAGGACUACCUCAUCAUCUUUGUGCGGCUGCUGCUGGGUAUCGACCAGGCGCCCGGCUCAGGGUUCCUGACCUCGAUGCGGAUUCUUCCCGGAGACAUGUGGAUCCGAACGUACGGUCGUCUGUAUCAGAAGCUGUGUUCGACCACCUGCGAGAUUCCCAUCGGCAUUUACCGCACCAUGGACACGUCGGAGAGCGCCUCGGACCUGUGUGGUCAGCAGGAGGACCCGAAGGCGAAUCACUCUCAGCUGAUUGAGAGGGCCGAGAUCGCCCAGCUGGUCAGGAGUCGGAUGCAAAGUCUGGGUUUACCAGUGGAGGACUACGACGACGUGUCGGAGAAGCGUGGCAGCAUCAGUUACGUCAUCAUCAACCCGAGCUGUGACCUGAAGCUGGAGGAGGGGGACAUCGUAUACCUGAUUCGGCCAAGCCCGUUCUCGGCGCAGAAGACGUUCGAGCGGCACAACAGCCGGCGAAAGUCCAACAUAUCCAUGUGCGACCCGCGGCGGCGCGGCAGCGCGUGCUCGCGCAACACGGUAGCCAAGAGCAACUCGCUGAGCCUGCCGGACAGCCCGCACCAGAAUCCGCCGCACCAGCGGGCGCGCUCCAGCUCACUGCGUGUCGACGACAUCCUCAUGAAGCGCUCCAACUCGCUGCGACUCAGUCUGUACGAGAACACGCGCAACAUCUCCAGUCUGGAGGAGCUGGGCGGCCUGGGCGACACGCUGCCACCGCUGAACCCCAGCCUGCGCGAGCGCACCGUGCACAUGCCGGCCACGGACAGCAUCGGCCUGAAGGUGACGCCGCCCGAGGAGCACCAGGUGGCCGUGACGCUCGGCUCCGGCUCCGAGUCCUCCAUCCCCAGCAUUCACCUCGAGGGCACCAUCGUAUGACACGGGGACUCCAGCACCGAUUCAGUACCGUCGACAUCCAGUGACGAGGAGGCCGAUCCCGAGUGGCGGCCGGUGGCCGGGCCGCGGCCCGCUCCGGCUCACGGCGCGCCGGCCGGCCCCUAACGCCGGCCAACGGGGGCACGGCCGCGGCACGGCGGCGGCCUCCGUGGACCAACCUCUGACACUGGAGAUGGUGGAAGCUCGGCCGCUGGAGAUGAUCCUCUGAAUGGCCCGCGAUGAGCCCCGAGCAGCUGUGCUGACAAAUAUCAGUCGUUGACCCGCGACCUCUGACCCGCCCGUUGACCUGUCUGCUGAGUCUAUUGUGGAGUAUUUUCCGAGUGCUGUGGGCGCGGCGCUGCGGUGCUGUGUGACAGGUUUGUGAUCUCGCCGGUCGGCGUCCGGUCGGCUCCCUCACAGUGAUAGUAGGCCGAGAGUUCCCUGUCCGCGCGGCGGACAGCCGUCUCCGGCACAGCGUCUGUCUGUGCGCGUGUGUGUGAUCGGAGAGCGGUGAACCUGCAGUCAGCGUCCCCCGACCCUCCCUGGAAGGACCGACUGCCCUCCGCCGCGUCUCCGCUGGUCCCUCCGUGCGGGAUAGUCGUCAUAGUCGGGUCUGAUUCUGCGUAUAUGAGAGAUCGCUGCUGUGACUCGGUGAUCCUUUACCGAGGCUAUAAGGCAGGGUGAGACAAUGUUCAAUGCACCGACACCCUACACAAGAUGUGACUGUGCACAGGAACACUGUGCAUUGAAAUAUCAAUAGGCCCAAUGACUGACACGAAUGCAGUAGCUGUAUAGGAAGUAAAAAGCUAGUCCGAUAUUGUCACUAAUUAACCCGGCAGUUGCUGGGGUAUUUCGCCACCCACCGUUUGCUGGGGGGGGGGGGGCGUUAAACGCCCCCAACCGAUAACUCGAGAACCAAUAGGCGCAGCGAAACGCACGAGGCAGGAAAACAAAGGACGCGACGAGACGCUUCAGAUGAAUACUUUGAAGUUAAAUUUUGAGGUCACAGGUCAGGUCAAGGUCAGGUCAAACACCUGAAAUCGGGCUUGCAGUAGCAUGGACUUCAGGACUUCGCAAUGGGCGCCUCUCGUCAUAAACUCUGUCAAAACGGUGCAAAAUCCAUCAUAUAAGGCCUACAAGAGUGUCAGCUCCAUGUAGGGGUCAGUCAAGCAUAGGUCAGGGUCAAGGUCAGGUCAACCGGGUAGGCAGAUGUCCCCGAAAAUCAAAACUGAUAUUCGCAGCCUGUGACACAUGUUUUAUGGGUAAUUUGGGACGUAGAACACGAUGGUGACAUUCAUUUUAUCAUAUGUGUACGUGUUUGGCUCAAAAAUUUCAAUUUAAGAAAUGCAUGUAUCAUGGUCGUGAAGAAGUCAUGAGAAAUUGCCAAGAUUCAGUUCAAAAUUUUGGAAAAUGCGGAACGAUAAUCAAUAAUCGAAGAUUGCCAUUUGAUUGUUCAUGGUAUUGGAAGUCUAAUGGCGCUUACGGCAUGUCUGUAUGUCUAUUUUGUGAUUUUAUAUGAUUUUUUGAACAUAUGCCGUUUUUGGUCGAAAACUCAGAAAUCAUGACGUCACUAAAACCUCGAUAUCUCAAAAAAUUUCGGACCGAUUUUUUUGAAACUUUGUCACAAUAAACUUCAAUCAAUUCCCUACAGGUACCUAAAAUUUGGCGCGCCUGUGGCGCGCCGUUUUUUGCUAUGGCCCAGCGAAAAAAAGUGGGGGCGUUUGACGCCCCCCCCCCCCCAGCAACUCGCGGGUUAAUGCGUAAUAUGCGAUUGGCCAUUCGACCAUAAUGGCUUUUGUUCAGACGUUACAUAAAACAGUUUUUAUUAUCACAAUCUGACGGCAGCACUGCGUCACGUUGCACAAUGCACAUGUUGCAUUCUUUGCAGCGUCAUAUCUGGUGUUCUUCGGUACAAAGAAGGUGCUGAUGAGAGCCAAUUCACGCCAACUCAGCCUGUGGUAUCCGCUGGAUUAUGGUGGGAUCCGGUCAUAAUUAGUACUUAUCUUCCUAUUCCCGUCGAUGACUCAUCAAUAAUUAGUAUUAUAAGAAUAUACUUCGGUCUCCCAAGGUCGACACCGAAUUGUCAUGCAUUUUUUAUAUGUGCUUUAAACGUUUUAGCUAAAACUACAUACACUCAGCACCCGACAUUUUUUUGAGUUGUGUUUAUGAGAUAGGCGAAACUCUUCGACUUUCCGUCAUACGCUUACAUACUGUCGUGCGCGUAUAUUCCCAAAUAACUUUCAACAAACCACGUGUCAGCCCCGCAGACCGGCGAACAAAAGCACACGAGAUGUUGUCUUCGUGAUAGGCGUCUGAACCUGAACCUGUUACGGCCUGAACCUGUUACGAUGUGUGUGUAUGCGUGUGUAGCCCGUGGGUUACCGGAGGAGCGGUACCCGGACGCGCUGGUGUGCCAGGAGGGGUGGGUCUGAACGGACCGUGCCCGCCUGUGUCAAUCUCAUGUAGUCGCCUGUGUGGGCCGCCCGCUAGAUCGGCGGCCUCUGACCUGUCUGAUCGGUCUCCGGGAGUGCACCGAAACCUGAGGCCGACCGACACUGUGAUGGCAAAGUGCGCCGACAUAUUUUUCACUCCACUAUGCUGCUUAUGAAUAUACUGGCACCCGGCCCGAGACUCAG